GCCGGUGCUGUUAGUGGUGUAAAUUAAUUGUUUAAAGUCAUGGAAAAAUCAUUCAGGGUUGUAGUUAAUCUAAGUUAUUUCUUUCACGACCACAGAUCUACUGCGAUAAUUUUUAUUAGUGAAAAUAUUAAUAAAAUCGAAGAUCUUGAACAGAAAGUUAGUGAUAUUUUUAAGAUUGAUAAUUUUUAUUUUACAUGCCAGAAUCGCUUUUUGCCAUCUUGUGAAGAUGUAAGGAUACUGCAGAAGGAUGAUUUAUUAUGGGUGAUUCCAAAAGUUGAAGAAUAUUAUGUAGAUAAUGUAUCAGAAGUAGUGCCUGUUGUUGAAGAAAUAGAAGAAAAAAAAUCAAAAAAACGUAAAAAGAAAUCUAAGGAAGAUGUGAUAGAAAAAGUUGUUGAAGAAAAUGAAAAAGUACCAAAAAAGAAAAAGAAAAAAAUGGAAGAGAUUGCUCAGGUAUAUGAAGUUGAUAUCAUUGAAGAGGUUGUCGAAAAGAAAAAAAAGAAAAAACAUAAAACCAAGAACUUAGAACCUGAACAAAAAGAUUAUUUUGAAGAAGACACAAAAAACGAAAAUACCAAAAACUCAUCGUAUUCCUCGUUUGUUAAUUGUGAACCCAGUGUAGAAUAUCAAUGUAAGGGUGAUUUUCCUUACUACAGAAAAAGAGUAACUCUGCCAACUUCCACAGAAGAAUAUUUGAAGAAUAAAAAAAUUAAUAUUGUAAAAAUUGAAUGUAUUCGUAACAGUCAAAUUGUGAGCCCUCAAAUUAAUGAAAUGGAGGUUGAUCAAACAGAAAAUAUUGCAAGAGCUAAAGAAUCCAUUUUAGAGGAAGGUAUUUCCACACCCUGUAAGGAAUCUGAAAUUACUAAUAACAAAAAAGAUAAUGUAAAUUUACUAACAUCAAAACCUCUAAAUAUUUUCAAAGGAAUACAAACUCCCAUGUUGAAUGGGACAGAAGUUUUUUCACCAAAACCUUUCCUUAGUAUUACAAAACCAAUGGAAACUUCAAUGUCAAACGGAGCAAAAACUUUGAGUCCCAAAACAGUGGAAAGUGUAGAUUUGCCUAAAAAUUCAGAAACAAAUACAGGUGAAAUAUUUGAUGAGACUGUCACUGGGUCUGAAAUGGAUUACAGUAUGAUCAGUGGCAUCAGUCAAUUUAGUAAUUCUUCAGGAAAAGGACUAAUGCUUAGCAAAAAAUGUUUAUCAGGUGUGGGAACACUACUUGAAUCUCUUAAAAGUUCCGAUUUUGAUGAGUCUUUAAAUGGUGAGGUUGAGGAAGAUGGUAAUGUAACCAAAAGAAAAAGAAUGAGGAAAAGAAAGAAAAGAGUAGAUUCACCUAUGAUUAAUGAAAAUACCAAAUGGCCAAAACCAAAACCAUUUGUAUUUCCAGGCAAACCGAUAUCGCACAUAAAAUUCAACGAAGACUCGGAAAGCUCGGUAAUCACGACACCAGUAUCGCAAGAACCGAUCUUAAACGAAGUAAAACGGGACGACUGUGUUUCUUCCUCUUAUUCCUCAACGCCAUCUACUAUCGAACUGGUGCAGAAGGCGGGACCUGUCACCCCGGCAACGCCCGACGACGAGCCAAUCGUGAUCGAGGACGAAUCGAUGCAGAUGACCAGUCUGGAUCUCAACGAAGAGUUGAUGCUGGACGAGGAGAAGCUGCUGAAACAGCCGAUGAUGGUGAAACUGAUGCCGAGGAAAGACGAUGUCAUUGCUUUUAAGAUUUUGAUGAUAGGAGAAAACUACAGCCCAACUGUAUCCAAUUUUAUAGCUGGAAAAGUUUUAAAUUUCACUGCACAAUUUAAAGAAGUGGAAUUUGAAAUAUUGUUUGGAUUGGAUCAAUUUGUUUCUCGUAAAGGUAAAUUUUCCAUUGAUGAGGAAGAAGAAGAAAUAAAAAAAGUCAAAAAACUAGUCUGGGAUGAAGUUUUGUUUCCCAGAUUAUUGUACCCUUAAACUGUGUGUUAUUAUUAUUAGUAAUAAGUUAUGUAUAUUUACGUUAUUUUAAGUCCUAAUUAAAUUAUUUUGUUUAAAUAAAACUCUAAAU